ACCACAUAAUAUUGACACAUGUAUCACAAAGAAAUGACAUUUCCCAAUGAAAUUGGCGCCGAAUGUGGAGUCAAUAAGAAAAGAAACCAACGGUUUCAGAAAACUCCCUAGAUGAAGAAGAAGAAGAUGAAGAAAUGAAGAAAAGAGAUAGAGAAAAAAAAAUGCACCUAUUCUAGAGAAUAAGGUUUCCUGAAAAAAUGCACUAGUAGUUUACAUUUACUAGUAGGAUCCGUAAAAUGGCGCAGGCUCAUCCAGAGCAGAAGCUCCAAGAAACCCAACAUCAGGCGGAGAAUAAAGAAAGCAGUAGUACGAGCACCGCCACCUUCAAAUUCAAUGCCCAUGCCCCAGAAUUCGUUCCCAGAUCUCAUUCUCAGGUACCCUUAUCGGGAUACUACUACCCCUGCUUCCCAUUUAUCGGGACUAGUGAACCCUCUGAUUGGAUUUACGUUGGUGAUCAAGAACCCAUUUUCUCCAUUCCCGAUUCGCCCACCAACUAUUCGAAGAAUGUCCUAACUGACGAGCUUCGUCACAAAAUCGUUAAACAGGUUGAGUAUCAGCUAAGCGAUAUGAGCUUGUUAGCCAAUGAAUCCAUGUUGAAGCAUAUAAGUAAGGAUCCUGAAGGAUAUGUCUCAAUAGCUGUGAUUGCAUCUACAAAGAAGAUCAAGUCUCUUACCGGCAGUCAGCAUCUCCUCGGGCAAGCUCUUCAAUCUUCUCCCAAUCUCAUUGUGACUGCUGACAACAAGAAGAUAAGACGGAAAAACCAAUUCACUGAAAAAGAUAGAGAGGAACUGCAGGCAAGGACUGUUGUUGUAGAGAAUUUACCUGAAGAUCAUUCUCAUCCAAAUCUUGAGAAGAUAUUUAGUGUGGUUGGAAGUGUGAAAAACAUCCGUAUAUGCCACCCACAGGGAUCGAAUUCUUCUCGUUGCAAAGGUGACUUUGUGAUCAGUAACAAAAUUCAUGCACUCGUGGAGUUCGAGUCUACAGAGAUAGCCGAGAAAGCAGUUGAGAAGUUGAACGACGAAAGGAACUGGAGAAAAGGUCUCCGAGUGAGGUUAUUGCUACGACGAUCGCCAAAAUCUGUUCUAAAGAACAGGAAAUCAGAAUUCGAUGGGAUCUUUGACGAUGAUGAGACUUCCCCACACUCACCCGAAGAAUCCUCUCACGCUCAGCCAUCCAACUCUGAUUCCAUACACGAGAACAUUAUUGCUGAAGAAAGCCCGACGGGAUCAAAGAAAGGAAUUAGUAGAGGGCGUGGGAAAUCUCGUACUUGCCCUUCGAGUCCAAUCCAUAAUGGGCGGGGAUUGCUGACACCGCCUCCUCCCCAGUUGAGCAACUUGAGUAUUAAUACUGCUACUACGACUACUAGUCAUUAUGAAAUAACUAGUGCGAAACUCACUCCAACAAAGGGGCCGAGGAUGCCUGAUGGAACGAGGGGAUUCACAAUGGGAAGAGGAAAACCACCUAUUCCUACUGCAUCUUCUUCUCCUAUCUUGGCAGCUUCUACUAUGGAUUGAUGGGGAUUUUUGUUUUUAUUUCUUUUAUGGCUUCUGUCUGUUGUUGGUUAACAGGUGAAGAAGGAUUUGUUGUUUUGUCCAAUAAAAAGUCUAAAGUCUAUGGGGAUUGAACUGGACUGGACUGGUCUCUUCCUUUCCCCAUUUUAAGCAAUAACAGCAUUUAUGCACACAUUUUUUUGCUUGGGUGAACAAAUUUCUUUCCCUCUUCUUGAGGAUUUUGGUGAAAUGGGAAUUUGAUUCUUUUCUUUAGUUGA